CAGCAUAGAGAAUAUAGUCAACAAUACAGUAAGUAUAGUCAGUAAUACAGUAUACUGUGGUGAGCAUUGUGUAAUGUAUAGAAUUGUCGAAUCACUGUGUUUGUACACCUGAAACUAACACUGUAUAUCAACAAUUCUUCAAUAAUAAAAAGUGAAAAUUCCAAAAGAACUAAUAAAAGAUAAAGUGAUUCUGAUGGGUCUCAGUAGACUCUGAAAAGCUGGGAAGAACUUGGAAAUCCUUUAGUACAGUCAUUACAUUUUAUAAUGAAGUAACAGGCCCAGAGACGCUAUUAGUCAUAAGUGAUAAAUUUAAACCUAAGGUUAGUACUUUUGGCACUAGUAAUAAAAUCUAAUGCCACAUUAGGAUUGAAUACUGUUAAACUUGUGAAAUUAGAAAGAAAUUAGUAUCUUAAGGGAAGACCAACUCUGGAACUUCUCAGUAGCCAUUCCAAACAAAAUCAAGUGAUAGGGCUUUAAUUAGAUUUAAUUCUACAAAUAUUAAUGCCCUUUGUAUAAGUAGGACAUAAAUAUAAGUUAAAUACAGUCUCUAUCCUUAAGCUUAUAAUCUAAGGAAAUAAUUAGUGCUGAAAUAAGACAAUAGGUAGAACAAAAAAGGCUACCAGAGAGAAAUCAAAUUUGGAAGUUCCAAGAAAGAAUGGAAGAGAGAACAUCUGAGAAGAGCCUUGAAAGACUGGUAGGAUUUCAACAAAUGUAAUCAGGAGCCUGAGAAAUGAUCUUAAUAUGGAUAAAAUAAAGCAGAUAUAAUUCACCUCUAGAAAGAUUAUUUAUACCCUGGCAUUUGAAAUGUUUUGUAUUUAGUGUCAUAGUAAAAAUGGAAAAAGGGAAAGUAAAUGAUGAUGGAAAACCAGACCCAGAAAAUUCUUUGGACUUUUCUGAACACUUUAACCAACUUGAAUUGUUGGAAACACAUGGACACCUUAUUCCCACUGGUACCCAAAGUCUCUGGGUAGGGAAUUCUGACGAAGACGAGGAGCAAGAUGAAAAAACUGAAGAGUGGUAUCAAUUGCAAGAAAAAAAGAUGGAAAAAGAUCCAAGCAAAUUGCUUCUUUGGGCUGCGGAAAAAAAUCGGCUUACCACAGUGCGGAGACUGCUGUCUGAAAAGGCCACUCACGUGAACACUAGAGAUGAAGAUGAAUAUACCCCUCUUCAUCGAGCAGCCUACAGCGGACACUUAGAGGUGGUGCGCGAGCUGAUCGCACAAGGGGCAGAUGUCCACGCGGUGACUGUGGAUGGCUGGACACCCCUGCACAGUGCUUGUAAGUGGAAUAAUACCAGAGUAGCUUCGUUCUUACUCCAGCACGACGCAGAUAUUAACGCCCAAACAAAAGGCCUCUUGACCCCCUUACAUCUCGCCGCAGGGAACAGGGACAGCAAAGAUACCCUGGAGCUCCUCCUGAUGAACCGCUACAUCAAACCGGGUCUGAAAAACAACUUGGAAGAAACGGCCUUUGAUAUUGCCAGGAGGACAAGUAUCUAUCACUACCUCUUUGAAAUUGUGGAAGGCUGCACAAAUUCUUCACCUCAGCCAUGACGGUUCUAAUAAUUUUCUUAAGUUUCCGAGUACCAGUGCCUCCUUUGUGUGAGAUAGGACAUAUCCCCAUGAUAGAAGGUUGACAUCAAAAGUUUUACGGUAGAACUCCAGUGGUACACAUUCAAAUGUCCUUCCAAGUGACAUGCCUAACGUUGAUGUCAAAAUGUAUUUGAAAGUUGUUUGGAUGCAUCUUUACUGAUCUAUGUGGACUUUGUAAUUUUUAUCAGAAAUAAUUUUAACACACUUAUACUUAAAAACUUGUAACGGGUUGUACAGAAAACUAACGAUAUUUUUGGUGCUGAUCCAAGAGAAGUGUAUUUUUAAAUAUCCCCCAUCCUGGGUCUUUGUGGAGUAUUUAGUAUAUUGACAUGUAUUUUUAUAAGGCGAGGUAACUCAGAAUUCAAUUUAAAAAACUCAAGUAUACUGGUGCGGUGCAUCCGUCAUCUCCACGUCACUAUGGCCAUUUGCUUUCGUUUUAAACCGUAAGAACUGACUUCCUCGUGACUUGAGUUGUCAGAAGUUCAAGAAAACCUCGAAAGAGCUUAGAUCUUUGUCUUUUAGAGCAAAGUAGUUAGCUAAAGUGUUUAGUCCGUGAAUGUAAUAUACUGCCUCUGCUACCACAGUUCACACAAUCCUGUGGACGGUCCUACCUCACCCUGGUCAACCCACGUGAUCCUUCUUCCGUCGGUGAGUCGGCAUGACCUUUUACACAUGCACACAACUCUACCUUGGUCCAAGAGAUCAUAAUGUAUCUGCUCGCCAACUGGUUCUACCUGCCUAAUCCUGUUUGUUCAGGGCACUGCUCAGAUGGUCUCUCUAGUUCACAGGAAGUAUCGAUUUUUCCGAGGUCCUCCUUUUAUACAAAUCCUACAAAGGCAAAGAGACAAGGGAAAAGGAAUUCUAAGAGUGAAGGGAUGAUGAUUAUACUGGGGCUAGAUUAUAAGUGGCGCAAGCUUUAAAAAGCCACAGUGUGGAUGGUGACACGAGUAUAAAUAUGAACAUUCAGAAAAAAAUAAAAGCUUGGAACAACAAAAAUGGCACCAA